GUUUAACAGCGGUUUAAAAUAGUCGUAGAGCCUGGGUCAUACUUUUACCAAGAAGUGAUGGUGCUCUUAGGCGGAAAUAAUUUUACAUUCCUAAUAAAUGAAUCUCAAAAACAAUUUCCCCUAUUUCCUCAAACCAACCACCCAAUCCUACCCCACCAAAAAAAUCGUAGGAGUGGACAACAUUAUUGGUUGACGUACAUACUGGCCAAUCCGUGAAUGAAAGAAGCACGCGCCAGCAAGCCAAAACCCAAUCACUACUGAUUGUCAGUGAUGGAGGCGGGACCUAAGGGAGCCGCCCGCCGUCGGUUUGGCUGCCUUGAGGAGGAGCGAAGAUGGCGGAAUGAGGGUCCCCUUGACCAGGUGGCCUCAGGGCCCAGGGCGGUUCGGCCCCCGGGAGGGCGAGAGCUUCUGCUGAGCCGUUUGAGGAUCCUUUUACACAUAGAAAGAAGACUUUCCUGACCUUUAGGUGCUCAAAAUAAUUCUGAACUCAGGAUUUGGCAAGCAGACAAGCUAUUAAAGGCUUUGAAAACCCACCUUAAACAGGAAGCAAAAAAAGAAAAUAUGAAUCAGGAUGAAAGUCGAGGUCUUACACUGUCCUGUGACGAGACUGAGGUACAGAUUAACAGUGAGGACCAUAUCACCAAAACAAGGCGGCGGUGCCAGACAGCCCAGGGGAGCCCUGCCUUCCAGCAGGAUCAUUCUGAAGUAAGCCUAAGUCAUCUCACCAAAUUGCAGAAUCAAGAAGGGCAGGAAAACUGGGAUCUCAGAACUACUGGAAAAAUUCCUCCUCUACCAGACAAGAGCCAUGGCGAGGAGCAUGCAGUUUCCUCAGGAAAGAAUGAAAUAAAUGAUAAUGAAGAUUCAAAGGAACCUUCAAAAAGAAAUUUUCAGUAUACAGAAGGGAUUUGCAAACUUGGGAAUAGGAAAAGAACCGCAGCCACUACUCCAAACUUUAAAAAGCUCCACGAGGCUCAUUUUAAGGAAAUGGAGUCCAUUGAUGAAUAUAUUAAGAGAAGAAAGAAACACCACUCAUCUCAUGAAGUGAAGAAGCAGCCUGGCAGUCAGCGAGGGGUAAUGACACCUAUACCUCCAGGAGCAAGGCGCUCUGCAACUUGCACUCCCGCCAGCCAGCUGCGCUCACAAGGACAGGCCCAAGGCCAUGCCGGGCAGAGUGAUGUGAGUCUGAAAGGAUCUGUCAAGCGCUCCGGGCUCUCAGUGACGAAAAUGAAUGUCAGGUUUUCAGCUGCUACUAAAGAUAAUGAGCAUAAGCGUUCACUGACCAAGACUCCAGCCAGAAAGUCUCCACAUGUGACUAUGUCCGGGAACACUCCAAAAGGCCAAGUUGUGUUCGGGACACCAACAUUAAAGACCACCAAGGGAAAUUCUGCUGCUGCUGUUAUUACUCCGCUCAAACUGACAACCAUGACAAUGCAGACUCCUGUCUCCAAUAAGAAACCAGUAUUUGACCUUAAAGCAAGUUUGUCUCGUCCCCUCAACUAUGAGCCACACAGAGGCAAGCUGAAACCAUGGGGGCAAUCUAAAGAAAAUAAUUCUCUGAAUGAACAUGUGAGCCGAAUGAAUUUCCGUAAGAAAACUUACAAGCAACCUCCUCUCCAGACCAGGGAAGAGCAACGGAGGAAACAUGAGCAAGAACGGAAGGAGAAGAAAGCCAAGGUUCUGGGGGCUCGCAGGGGCCUCAUUAUGGCUAAAGAUAGAUGAGUUUUGAACUCCUGUAAAUAUUUCUUCAUUCUAAAUUCACUUUCCUUCUGUAAAUAUUUCUACACUGUCCUCUGCCCCAUUUUUCUACAGACACAUUUUGUUAAUUAUCUAUGUAGGGUCUGUGAGUUCAUGUGCCACAGCUCUGAAAGGCACGAUCUUAAAGCUCAUGAAUUCUUUGGAAUGGCUUGAAACUAAGUCUUUGUACAGCUCAAUUAUCUGAUGAGACCCAUCCCAGAUUCUUAACCUACAUCUGUAGUGUUAAUGUCCUGCUUGCUGGCACUAAUAUUAAUAGACUUGCAGUCCUCUUCCGGGCAAGAGCUCUUACCCGAGGGUACGGGUUGUAUGAAAAGCUUCAGAAUUUGAGCAAUGAAAAGUUAAUAGGGAAAGCUGGGAUAGGAAGGCCACCCGCCUUCAUUCAUUCUCUGCAGAAGCUACUAAUCUUUUUUUUUUUUUUUUGGUACUGGGGAUUGAGCUCAGGACCUUCCUUGCAUGGCACCACCGAGCUAAAUCCCCAGCCCAGAAGCUACUAAUCUUAAUGCGCUCAGCCAGUGGUUUGGUUAUAGUAUCAGUAUUUUGCUUGUGAAAAAAUGUUUUGUUUAGGCAUAUAAACAUCUUUGUUCGUAUCUCUUCAUGUAAUUGCCAUUAUUUUUUAAAAAAUAAAAUUCUACAGCUGAUUCUAUUUAUUG